AUGGAAACUCACAGAUGUCUGAUCAUCGAAACUCGUAGUGAAUUUUCGCUCCUUCUGCGUGGGGACACUCGUGAUGGCUGCCUGCACGGCAGCCCCGUAUGCAACGGCCUCAUCCGGGUUAAUGCUCCUGCACAACUCCUUCCCCUCAAAAAUAAUCUGCAGCAUCUUCUGAACCUUGGGAAUUCUGGUCGAGCCUCCAACCAGGACGACAUCAUGGAUGUUAGUCUUGUCCACCCCAGCGUCUCUCAGGCAACUCUUGACGGGCACGACGCACUUUUCAAACAGGUCCAUGUUGAGAUCCUCGAAUUUAGCACGGGUAAUGCUAGAGUGGAAGUCGAUUCCCUCGUGCAGGCACUCAAUAUCCACAGUGGUCUCAGUAAUCCUCUUGGCCCUCUCGCUGGCUGUCCUCAGCCUCCGUAUGGCUCGGGGGUUUUGGGAGAGGUCUCUGUCGUAUUUGCGCUGAAACUCGGCGGCAAAGUGAGCGACAAUGCGGUUGUCGAAAUCCUCCCCGCCAAGAUGGGUGUCGCCAGCGGUGGCCCUCACCUCGAAGGUACCCUUGUCGAUCGUGAGGAGGGAGACGUCACAGUCGAGGCCAUAGGCAAUGGCGGCGGCAGUUGGCUCAUUGAUGAUGCGGAUGACAUUGAGGCCGGCAAUCGCACCAGCAUCCUUGGUGCCCUGUCUCUGAGAGUCACUAAAGUAGGCUGGGACGGAUUUUUGUGGCCUUGGUUUGCCAACUGGUCGCUUUUAGCUUUGAUUUCAUGUGUUAAUCAUUAA